AUGAGUUCAACUUCUUUGAAGCAUAACAGUCAAGUGAUUGUGAAUCAAGCUUUGAGAGAAAAACUUUUCAACGUACAACAAGAAAAAAGCGCCGCUGGACGGGAAGUAGAUAAGAGAUUACUAGCAGUCACAGAGCUCAGAUCGACCUGUCCUCCCAAAAUUGCCCUGUUGGUGGAUCGGGAAAAGGAUUUGUUAUACCAGAAACUGGCCAACUCCCCUGUCAUAUCCACAUAUCAAACCGAAUCGAUACAGUUGAGCGACAUUGUAACAGCUAUCCAAGAAGCAGCCACUGAAAAAGAACAGAUGGAACAUUUGAAGAGGCGGAUUGGAGAUAUGUCACGUUGUUUGGAGUUGAAAAAACGUUCUUUGGAAGAAUUAGAUUCGCAGAUUCAGGAAAAUAUUCUUCCAUAUCUCUAA